AUGCUAAAUGAGGAAAACAAGGCAGCUUUUCAAUUAAUUAAAAUAUUACAUAACUCAGGACGUCCAAAAGACACAGUUUUCUUCCUUCAGAAGAUGGCAACAGCAAAAAAAGAAUUAGAUGAUGUUUUUAUUCCAAUUUUUGUUCAGGCACAUAAAGCUUAUACAAAUGAAAAACGUAAUGCAAUCAGAGUUAUUGACGAAUUAAUAGCUAAAAAAGAAAUUGAAGAUGAAAAUUAUAUUGCUCAGCUAGAAAAUUACAGACAGAAGAAAUACGAUGAAUUGUACUUGAUAUGUGAAAGAACUGUAGCACUUGUAGACAAAAUUUUGAUCCCAAACGCUCCUACACAAAGAAUUAGAUUUAUUUACUAUAAAAUGAAAGCAGAUUUCCUUCGAUAUCAAGCCGAAUAUGCCAAAACACAAUUACAACCAUAUUUCAUUACCCAAGCUGCAGACAGCUAUCAAAAUGCUUUACUUAUUGCAAAAGAUCAAUUUGAACCCGAAAGUAUCCAAUAUUUAGGUCUCGUUUUAAACUAUACUGUAUUUUUGUACGAAUUCAAAAAUAUGAAGGUAGAAGCUAUUAAAUUCAUUGAAACAACGUUAGAUAUGGUAAUGCCAACAAUUUACGCCAACCAAUCGAAAUAUGCUGACUCACAACCAUAUGUGCAGAUGCUUCGUGAUAACUCUACGCUUUGGAGAAGAGAAACAGACCUUCCUGAAGAAAAACCUCCUGAACCAGAAAAGAAAGAAGAAAAUCCUGAUGGAAAAACAGAAAAUAAGGCAAAUGAUAAUAAAAACGACCAAAAUAAGGAAGAGAAAUCAAAUACAGAAAAUAAUCAAGAAAAACCAGCAGAACAGAAAGAUGAAAAACAUCCAGGAACUCCAGAGGGAAGUCAAUCAAAGAAUGAAGAAGCUCUGCCACCUCAGGAACAAAAGAAAGAAGCUUCAAUAGAAGAUAUCAUACAAGAAAAGCAUACUGCAGAGGAAAAACAUCAAGAAAAAGAAGUUAAAGAUUCGGUUCAAAUCGUUGAACCCACAAUUGAACCACCCAAACAACAAGAAUGA